AUGCCGCCGAAUCCAUCCACGUCGCGUCGCAUUCAAAGAAAUUAUGAUGAUUAUCGUUUUGAAGCAGCAAGACUUUCGAGUUUUCGAAAUUGGCCUGACACAGGAUUAAGUACAUAUCUUAAAGAAAAGGAUAAUAUUAUCUCACAAUUAGAAUUUUCCGAUAAAUAUAUAGAUGGGUUGACAGAAGAUGUAAAUACUGCUACAUCAUUAAGGACGCAAUUAACUACAAUUCGUCAAAUUCAUAAUGUACAAUUUCAUGAAAAUAUAAGAGCAAAAUUAAACAACAAGGACGUGAAAGAAAAUCAGAGUGGUAUUCAAUGUUUAAAUACUAUGCAAAAUUCAUCUAUACAAAAUGUGGAAAAUAAUUUUAUCACAGUUAAUAUAUCAAGAAACCGAAAUUUUACUGUAUCAAAGGAAAAAACAAUUUCUACAUACUUUAAAAUUCAAAACAUGAAUUCUUAUGCUAAGACAAAAGGGCCACCUCAGGAAAAAGAUCAAAGACAAAAACAUUUAACACUAAAGGAGAAACUAUCAAAAGCUAAAUCUGAUAAAGAUAGCAGCUCAUCUGUACCAGUAUACAGAAAUUUAUGUUUCUAA